AUGGAUAAUUUUCGGAAAUUUUCCGAACCGUCUCUUCCACCACGAAAAGGAUUUUACAGUAGUUUAACGGAUGAAGAUAUUACAGAUGAAGAUUAUGAACAUGCGAAAAAAGUAUGGAAGUCAUUUAACAUGAAAACCGUACGUGAUUAUCACGAUCUUUACCUGAAAGUGGACGUGUUGUUGUUGGCAGACAUCAUGGAAAGAUUUCGUGAGAUCUGUAUGGAGAAUUACAAGUUGGAUCCUGCAUGGUAUUAUACGUCGCCGGGAUUAGCAUGGGAUGCAUGUCUCAAAGUAACACGAGUUUGUUUAGAUUUAAUUUCCGAUCCGGUCAUGUUUAAUUUUGUCGAAAAGGCAAAGCGUGGUGGGAUUUGUAUGAUCAGUAAAAGAUACGCCGUUGCAAAUAAUAAGUAUACGAAGAAUUUUGAUCUGAAAGAGAAAAGUACAUUUUUACCCUACUUGGAUGCGAACAAUUUAUAUGGUUGGGCAAUGUGUGAAAAACUUCCUUACGGGAAUUUUGAAUGGAUGAAUUUAGACACUUUGAAAAAAUGGGAGAAUCUUCCGAAUGGGAAAGGUUGCUAUGUAGAAGUAGAUUUAAAAUAUCCGGAAGAAUUACAUGAUCUGCACAGCGAAUAUCCGUUGGCUCCGGAACGUCUUCGGAUAGGAAAGGUAGAUAAACUAGUUCCGAAUUUAAACGAUAAGAAAAAGUAUAUUGUUCAUCACAGGACGUUAAAGAAAUAUGUGGAAUUAGGAUUGAUCGUAACAAAAGUUCAGCGCGGUCUGAUGUUUUCGGAAAGAGCAUGGAUGGCAGAUUAUAUUCAGUUGAAUACCGACUUGCGUAAAAAAGCCAGGUCUGAUUUUGAAAGUAGUUUUUUCAAAUUGAUGAAUAAUUCGGUGUUUGGAAAGACGAUGGAAAAUGUUCGUAAUCGUAUCAACGUGAAGCUCGUUAACGAUGAAAAGAAGUGGAAUAAAUUAGUGAAAAAAAGUUAUUACGUCUCAACAGACAUUUACACUGAGCACUUAGCGUUGGUUCACAUGCGAAAGACGACCGUUCGCUUAGCAAAACCUAUUUACGUAGGUGUUGCUAUCCUGGAUAUUAGCAAGACGUUGAUGUAUGAUUUUCACUACAAUUACGUAAAAAAAAAUAUGGAGAGAAAGCAGAACUUCUUUUCACAGAUACGGAUUCGCUUCAUUAUGAGAUAACGACCGACGACUUUUUCAAAGACAUUUCUCCAGACGUUCAUCAGAAAUUUGAUACAAGUAAUUUUCCAAAAUCUCAUCCGUCUGGAAUUCCAUGUGGAAUUAACAAGAAAGUCAUCGGUAUGAUGAAAUCCGAAACGGGUGCGGGUCAGAUUAAAGAAUUUGUAGGAUUACGUCCAAAGUCUUAUUCUACACUCAACGAUGAUGGAGAAGUGACGAAAAAAUGUAAGGGUGUAAAAAAAUGCGCCGUGAAAAAAGAUUUGACGCAUCAGAAUUAUAAAGAUGUUUUGUUUGACGAAAUGGAUCGACGUGUUGGGAUGACGACUCUUAGUAGUCACAAACAUACAAUUUAUACCGAACGUUUAGUAAAAACAGCACUUUCGGCCAAAGAUGACAAACGGUAUAUUUUAGACGAUAAGAUUCAUACGCUGGCAUUGGGUCAUAAAGACAUUCCCGAGUCUAAACGCAUGCUACCAAAGAUUGAUCUAAAGUAUGAAGGAUAUUGUGAAUUUCCUUCUGCUUUAGAAUUAGAAGAACAACUGGAAAAAGAACUAGAGGAACCGAUGGAAGAAAAAGUAUUGGAGGAGAAGAAAAAGGUGGAAAAACCAAAGGGACCUACGCCUGGAAUGACGAAAAUGGACAGACCGAAUCCCUGCACUAUUUCAUAA